AUGCCGAACAUACCCAACGCACCCAACGCACGACGACUGGAGCUCAGCAACCGCCUCCUCUGCUAUACGUUUCCCGGGUUCUUCUUCUUGUCCUUGUUCGGGUUCGACGCUGGCUAUUGUCUCAUAGCAGGGCUGGUCUCGCCGUACGUCAUCGCCUGGGCGUCCACCCGCAAUAUGGUUGAGCCGGACUUGGGCGAUUCCGAUACUGAGCACGAUAACGUCAAACGCCCGGUAUCUCAGGCAGAGAUUGAUGGGGUAGUGCAGAGCACCCAUCAGCUUUACGCAAGCUUACCGGCGCACGGCAAGCCGCGCGUGCGCGACAACGGCGUCACCGAAUGGACGAUUCUCGCCUCGAUUUCGCUCAGCAAGGAAAGGAAGGUGACGCCGAUAGCCCUCGGAACAGGUGUGAAGUGUCUUCCCGCUGCCCGUCUGCCUCCCCUAGGCGACACGCUACACGACAGUCAUGCAGAGGUACUUGCGCGCCGCGGAUUCAUGCGCUGGUUGCUAUCUGAAGCCGAGUCCGCAUAUGACGGCACCUCCACCUUCCUUGUCUGGGAUGGUUCUCGAUUCUCCUUAGCCCCAGGAGUGGAAGUCUGGCUAUACGUUUCAGCUCUUCCGGACAGCGCCAUGCGUGAUGCUUUCGCGGCCGCCCCGGAGCUGACGCGGACGGGCGAAGGUGCUGUCCGCGGUCGCAAGGGGUACGAGACAUACGGCGCUAUCCGGACGAAACCUGGACGCGCCGACUCGCAAGCUAGCGUGAGCUUCAGCUGCUCGGACAAGAUUGCGCUCUGGAACGCUCUCGGCUUGCAGGGCGGGCUACUGUCGAACCUCUUUGCGCCGAUACAUCUCGACCACAUCGUGGUGGGAGGCGUCGAGCCGCCAGAAGGCACAGAUGCGGCAUCAUAUGGCCCCAGCAUCGUGCGCGAAGCAGAGCGUGCUCUCUCUGGCCGCCUUGACAGCACACAUCAGCCUCAGGUCCAUCUGACGAACGAGGAUUUUGAGCUCUCCAAAUCAGUCGUCGAGGGAGAGGGCAAGACUAUCGCUACCAGCCCGAUCUGUCUCUCCGCUGUUCCUUCGCUGGGAAAGAACGAGGUGCUCGUGGAUGGUUGUGUGCAGAGCUCGGCGUGGAAGACGCCCGGCACGACCCUCGUCAAGCCCAAAAUGCGCUCCCGGCUGUGCAAGUACGAGCUGCUGCAGGCGUACCUGUCGUUACUCGGAAAGAUCUCUCCUGAGGAGAGCGAGAGAGCAGCUGCCAAGACGUACUACGAUCUGAAGGACGAGGCGUAUCGCGUCCGCAAGGCUCAGCUGCGCGGAGAGAUCGCUCCCGGAGUGCCGGAAAGCUGGGAGAAGCUCCUCCGCAAUGGCGAGAAGUUCGGCACGACAGAGGGCGAGGCGCCGUUCAAGGGCUGGAUUGUGGCCGGGAAGGAGUUUGAGAGCUUCAACGCCGCGGGAGAUAUCUUCCCCUAG